AAAGAAAGAAAGAUGGGGAGAGCUCCUUGCUGCGACAAAGCAAAUGUAAAGAAAGGGCCAUGGUCUCCUGAAGAGGACUCCAAGCUUAAAGAUUACAUGAACAAACAUGGAACUGCGGGGAAUUGGAUCUCACUUCCUCAAAAAGCAGAUCUAAGAAGAUGUGGAAAAAGUUGCAGACUUAGAUGGCUUAAUUAUCUCAGACCAAACAUUAAACAUGGAGAAUUCACUGAAGAAGAAGACAAGAUUAUAUGCUCCCUUUUUACUAAGAUUGGAAGCAGGUGGUCAAUAAUAGCAGCUCAAUUACCUGGAAGAACAGACAACGAUGUUAAGAACUACUGGAAUACAAAGUUAAACAAGAAAUUGAUGAGAACUCUAGCAAUACCAACACCAAAUUAUCAUCCUCCUUCCAUGUUCCAAACCAUAUCAAAUCACCCAUUUGCCACUAACCCUAACUCAUCACCUAUGAUCACCACUGGUUUUGAUCAUCAUCAUCAUCUUCAAUCCAAUAUUUCAGAUGAGCUUGCAAAUCUAUUCCAUGGAAGCUAUGUGGGUCAAAAAGAUCGAUUUCUUACUUUUGGAGGGGAAGCCAGUACUAGCAGUUCCUCUAAUGGAAGUUCUAGCAAUAUUCAGAUGAGUAGUCUUGGAUUGGAAUCAAUUGAUGAUCAAAUAAUUACUGGAUUGGGAGUUGAGUAUUAUGGUGAGAUUGCUCGAUAUUUGAAUGAAGAUUAUAUUCAUCAGAAUUAUGAACAAACACAUAAUUAUAGCAGCCUGGAGGAGAUUAAGCAGCUCAUUAAUAGCACCAAUUUAUGUAACAACAACAACAGUUCCUUUGUUGACAAAAUCAAGGCCGAGGAAAAAGAAUUCAUGUACUACUAAGGA